AUGUCGUACCACCGCGGGAGCAGCAACGCCGGCGGUGACGACGACGCCCCGAGCGCCUGGUCGUCCAGCCUCGGCAAUCCGGAGACAGCAGAGCUGUGCCGCAAGGUCUACGACGAGGUUAUCGCCGCCUUCCGGCCGGCGGCGGCCGGCGUCACCCCAGACCUCACUGGCGAGAGCGGCCGCCUUUGCGCCCCGGCACCGGCGCAUGGCCCGACCCCGCGGGAGCGCCGUCGUGGAGCUGCCGACCACCAGCCAGCACCCCCGGUGGCUGUGCCCGCACGCGCACCGGCCAUUCCCCCCGCUGUGGAGCUGCCGCCGGAACAAGUGGUCCUCCGCAAAGACGGCGAUCCGGACAACACUCCGGGUUGGCACGUCGCCCUAUGGGCAUCAGAAGCGGCGGCGGUGGCGGUGGCUGCGGCUACGAGGGAGGCCGCCGAGGUAGCGGCCGCAAUCGAAGCCGCCGCGGCCAUGGCGGCAGAGGAGGCCGCGAUGGUGCCGGCGGAGAACGAGGAGGCGGCGCCGACGGCGAUGGAGCAGUAG